UGCCUGUUAGUAAUGUUCAGAUGAGCUUGUUUGAUGCAUUGGUUAGGUGAUAACCUCUCCCGUUUCUCUCUUUCUUUCAAGGGUAUCCAAAAACCACAGCGGAGGGAUGAUGAGGAGUGCUCUGAAGGGCUCAAUGUCGUUGAGUUUCAACACCGCGUCAUCAUCGCUGUUCCCAAAUUGGAAACCCAGCGAGAUUCGAUUCUCCAACAGAUGGGGGCAGCGAAAAGUCGAACGAUCUCUCUCCCACUCUCCCGAUCUCUUGGAUCUUCAAUGUUGCAGAAAAAGAAGAGGUCUACCCUCGUUGUGGGAAGUUGUGUGUGGACUAGCGGUAGUGUGGUGGGACCUGAACACGUGUCCUGUUCCGGCUGGUGUAGACCCUCGUUGUGUCCGUCAGUGUAUAGAAUCUGCCGUGGAGGAGGAGAGGGGUCUUACUGCAGUCACCAUCUAUGCCAUGGGCAACCUAGAAUCCAUCUCUAUUGACCUCUUGCAAAACAUCUCUUCCUCUGGAAUCAUUCUUACUCACGCCCCCUGCGGUGUUCACGACUUAUCUGAAUUUCUGGUCGACUGGCGUAAAUGCCCACAUCCUCCACAUGUCAUAAUGGUUAUAUCGGGUGAUUAUGAUAUGAUUUAUCCUCCGCGUUUUCAGGGUUAUAAUAAUUUUGUUGCAUAUCCAAAAGGUGUUCCCCUAGCUGCCCCUCUUGACCAGCUAACAGUCUUUGCCAUGGAGUUUGCCAGAGUGUUUGACAAACUGUUUGUCUGGGAAACUUUAUUGAGUGAUAAUUUGGCAAGUGAAACUUUAUUAUUGAGUGACAACAACAACACAUGUGAUGAGGAACCUCUCUGCAUUUGCAACAUAUGCAAUGAUGCUUUCCAAGUAUGUGACGAAUUCAUCACUCAUCUCAAGAGUGAUCAGCACAGAAACCAGUCACUUAAGCAAGCAGCAUGCAUCGACCGCUACGGUAUGCCUAAACAUUUUUGCCAAGUUUGCAAUCAUCCCGUCUAUGGCGACUCUAACCUCUUACUCCAUAACCAAUGUGAAGAACAUAAACGCAAGCUGGUUGAGAAACAUGCUCAAGAAGAGGAGGAUUGCGAGAGCAGGAAGACAAAUCCAGAAUUGGAUCUCUUCUACGAGAGAAACAAGAAGCAAUCUCGCAAACAAGAAGAGGCAGCCUAAGGAAGAAGAAGCUAGAGUGCCCUGCAUCCCCAUGGGGUCUUUGUGUUCAAGAGUUUACUAAAUUGCUUAUUACUAGAUUUUCAACCCGAGUUUAUUUUUAACUAGAUAAAAGACCUAAAAUAAUAAACUAUUUUAUUAUAGUUUUAUGCUUGUUUUUUACCUUUGUUUUGUGAGAUUUAUUUUAUAGUUAAAAGACAAUUAUUAUACAUAAGUUUAAAUUAAUAUAUGUAUUCUAUAAUCAUGGUAUAUAUAUGAA